AUGCUUCAUAUGGAGCACCCAUGGGACAUAGUUGCCAUACAAGAUCCCCCUCCUGGACUGCUGUGGUUGAUGAAAGGUAUCGACCGCACAUAUUCUCUCCAAUACGGUACCAAGCGUCCUGCUACAGAAAACGAUCAUCCAAUGCAUUACGGUUAUGACAAAAAGCCUCCAGGCGAACUAAAGGCACAAGUUGCCUUUCUCAUAUCUCGUGAAAUUCCUAGUACUGACUGGCGAGCUACGGAUCCUAAAUGGGCCGAAGGGAUGCUAAGCUCUCUCUCCCUUCGCGGGCCGUUUGGGAUCAUACAUGUUCAUAACAUGUAUAGGAAUAAUCACCCAGCAGAAGAAAAGCUUGAUAUGGCCAGGCUUAUUCAGGAAUGCUGUUCCGGAGAUAACGAUUUGUUACUGGGCGAUUUCAACCUGCAUCAUAAACUAUGGGCCGGUCUGGAUUUGCCACCGAACAAAGUGUGCUCAGAUUCCAAAUUGCUGGCAGAGAAGACGGAAGAGUUUGGAGUGAAGCUCAUCACAGAACGAGGUGCGAUUACUUACACUCGCUCUGAAGAAAAUCAGUCUACAAUCAGAUCAACCUUGGACCUUGCCUUUAUUAGCAGGCAAUUGCAUCCUCAACUGAUUGACUGGGAGGUCUUAAAGGUCUCUGGAUUUGGAUCUGAUCAUCGAAUUUGUCAGACUCGUUUGAAAACAAUCCCAAAUCGAAGACUCGGUGCACGGUUUCAAUGGGACAAGACGAAUAUAUGUCAACUUCGUCAGAUGGUCGAAAAAGGCCUAGGGAAAUUACACCCUAAAAAUGUGACAACCACGGACGAGACUGAAUUGGCAACCGGGGAAGAGGUCGACUUGCGAACCACAGACGGCAUCGACUCCUAUGUUCAACAUAUUAACCAAACCCUAACGAAAGCUAUAGAUCACUUGGUCCCAAAGAGAUAUCCUUGCAAGUUAGCUUCGACUUACAAGCAUCAGCCUCAGCAAGAACCCAAAUCGUUCAGGGAAGCUAUAUCAUCUACGGAUAGCCAUCAGGCUGCGUUGCGAUGGUCCAAAGCGGCCCAGCUAAUGGCUAAAUCUGCGGGUCUUCCAUAUUGCCCAGACUUCCAAUACAAUGGCAAGUGCGCAAAAGAUGGCCUGGAAAAGAGCAUCAUGUAUAUGGAUGCUAUAUAUGGGCCUGGCAAUACGUCGCAAACUUCGCCCAUCAACCCCGACCUCCCCAACAAUCUUGACUGCAGCGUGCCUUCCGAAUGCAAGCUGGAUGAGACUGACAUUUUAUGGUUGCCGAUCUUGUUGCUCCGCAUCUGA